UAUUUGCAUGGUCAUUUGCUGAUCAGUCUCUCUGGACACAUUCUGCAGGAGGUGUUGCAGUUGCUGCAAUGUGGCUCUUUGAAACAACCAGUGUGAUAAUGGUGAUUACUCUCACGUCGCCAGGUGGUUGUGAGAGAGAUUGGAAGGUGACUUUCAACGAUACAGUUCCAUGUGCCUUAAAAGGGUCAUCAGUGGUGUUUGGAUGCAGUUAUGACUACCCCUCAGACCAGACUGUAACAAAUACCUUCUGGAAGUUCAAGACUCAAAAUGAUGACACAAAUUUCUUUGAUAACCAGCAAUACGGAGAACGUGUAGAAUACCUUGGAAAUAAAGAACACAACUGCACCUUGAGAAUGAAUAACCUAAUUAGUAGUGAUGCAAAUUCCUAUCUCUUCAGAUUUAAGACAGUUAAUAAUGCAUGGAGCAGUAAAACAUCAGUUUCACUAACUCUGACAGGGCUGACAGCUGAAGUAAACCCUCCCACUGUGAGAGAGGGAGAGAAGGUGACACUAAAAUGUAGCACAACCUGUACAGUGAGUGACCCUCCCACUAUUGUCUGGCUCAGGGAUGGACAAUCAGUAUCAAAAACAGAGUUUCAGGCAAAUAGUGAGGAUUCUGGUAGAUACCGAUGUGCUGUUCAAGGUCAAGAUCUUCUCUCCUCUGCUCCAGUGUCUCUUGAUGUCCAAUAUGCUCCAAAGAAUGUCUCAUUGUCGGUCCGUCCAUCUGGAGAUGUUACUAAGGGUAACUCAGUCACUCUCAACUGCAGCUGCAGUGCAAACCCCCCCGUGUUGGACUACAUCCUGUAUAAGGAGAGUGGACAGGGCUUCACCACUGUGGCUGGGAGGCAGACUCACACCUUUUCUAACAUCCAGCCAGGGGACAGUGGAUGGUACUACUGUAAUGCCAGCAACAGUAUCAACACAGUCAGAUCUAAUCUAACUACCCUCAAUGUUCAAUACCCUCCUGAGGACACAUCUGUGUCAGUCAGUCCCUCUGGUCCAGUGGUAGAGGGAAGCUUUGUGAAUCUGACCUGUAGCAGCCAUGCUAACCCAGCAGUGAGCUACACCUGGUACAGAGUCGAUGGGAAAAGCCCUAUUCAGUCAGGGACUCAGUUGAUACUUGAGAAGGUCUCUCCUGCUAACUCAGGGAGGUAUUACUGUAAGGCACAGAACAAACAUGGAGCCUUCAACUCAUCACUCCUGUUUCUUGAUGUUCUGUAUCCCCCAAGGAACACCUUGGUAUCAAUCAGUCUCUCUGUCCCACUGUUAGAGGGAAGUUCUGUGAACCUGACCUGCAGCAGCCACGCCAACCCAGCAGUGGAGAACUACACCUGGUUUAAGAAGGUUGGAACAGACACCUCAAAGGCAGGGUCAGGAGAGGUGUUGGCAUUGACCUCUCUAACCUCCUCUGACAGUGGACAGUACUUCUGUGAGGCCAGGAACAGAGAAGGGGCUCACAAGUCUACUGUAGUGUCUCUGACCAUACUGGGUGCCAAUCAUGCUUCAAAUAAUUUCCAAAUACCAGUUUACAUUGGUUCCGCGGCCACAGUUUUCAUGGUGAUCGUACUUCUUGUGUUCUUAUGGAUGUGGAAGAUCCCGUUCAAAUUAUGUCAAAGGACUGCUGUGGACAUAGAGGACGAUCAAAACUCAGUCUUAUCCAGAAAAAGGACCAGUAAUGACCCAGCCACACAGGAAACUAGAACAGAGGAACAGGAAAAUGCGCUCUAUGCCAACAUUCAACUGCCUCCCUCUCAGACCCACCACCAAGACAGUUCUCUGUACUCUGUGAUCGAGCCACCAGCUCUGCAGAACCCUCCGGAACCUCAUUACGCUACCUUUGACUUCCAGCAGUUCCGCAGCUCCAUGGAAGAGGCCCAAUUCUCCAGAUGCCAUGAAGAAGAUGAUGUUGUCUACUCCACAGUGAAAGACAUAAAGACCAAUGUGACAGACAACCUCCAGUACGCCAGCAUCCAUUUCCCCCUCCCCAGUCCUACUGCCAGGCUGAAAGAAAGUUUAGAGGUGAACCAUUCUGUUAUCUACUCCACUGUUGCCAAACCAGAAGCCUGAACAUAUCCUUUCCUAAUGUUGAAUAAACUAAGCUGCAUUGGAAUGCAAGUUAAGAAAAAAGUAGUGUGCAAUUAAUAAGUCGUUAUGGUAAUAGAGUUACAGUGCCUUCGGAAAGAAUUCAGACCCCUUGACUUUUUCCACAUUUUGUUACGUUAUAGGCGUUAUUCUAAAAUGGACUAAAUACAUACAAAUUCUCAGCAAUCUACACACAAUACCCCAUAAUGACAAAGCAAAAACAGGUUUAUAGAAAUGUCUGCAAAUGUAUUAAAUAUUUAAAAAAAACAGAAAUACCUUAUUUACAUAAGUAUUCAAACCCUUUGCUAUGAGACUCGAAUUUGAGCUCAGGUGCAUCCUGUUUCCAUUGAUCAUCCUUGAGAGGUUUCUACAAAUUGAUUUCUACAACUUCACCUAUGGUAAAUUCAAUUGAUUGAACAUGAUUUGGAAAAGCACACGCCUGUCUAUAUAAAAUCCCACAGUUGACAGUGCAUGUCAGAGCAAAAACCAAGCCAUGAGAUCGAAGGAAUUGUUUGUAGGGCUCCAAGACAGGAUUGUGUUGAGGCACAGAUCUGGGGAAUGGUACCAAAACCUUUCUACAGCAUUGAAGAGAGCACAGUGGCCUCCAUUAUUUUUAAAUGGAAGAAGUUUGGAACCACCAAGACUCUUCCUAGAGCUGGCUUCCCGGCCAAACUAAGAAAUCGGGGGAGAAGGGCCUUGGUCAGGGAGGUGACCAACAACCCGAUGGUCACUCUGACAGAGCUCCAGAGUUCCUCUGUGGCGUACGGAGAACCUUCCAGAAGGACAACCAUCUCUGUAGCACUCCACCAAUCAGGUCUUUAUGGUAGAGGCCAGACGGAAGCCACUCCUCAGUAACAGGUGCAUGACAACCCUCCUGGAGCAACCCUCCAAAAGCCACCUAAAGUGCUCUCAGACCAUGAGAAACAAGAUUCUCUGGUCUGAUGAAACCAAGUUUGAACUCUUUGGCCUGAAUGCCAAGAGUAAAAUCUGGAGGAAACCUGGCACCAUCCAUACGGUGAAGCAUGGUAGUGGCAGCAUCAUGCUAUUGUAACGAGAUUCGCCUUCCUCUGACGAGCAGUAUGACAGAUCGGACCAAUGUGCAGCAUGGUAAGUGUUCGUCAUUUUUAAUGAAAAGUCACUGAACACGAAAAUACCAAAUAACAAAGUGAAAGACAGAAACGAAAAACAAAACAGUUCUGUAUGGUGAAAACACAGACAGAAAACAAUCCCCCACAACUCAAGUGGGAAAAACAGGCUGCCUAAGUAUCGUUCUCAGAGACAACGAUUGACAGCUGCCUCUGAUUGAGAAUCAUACCAGGCCAAACACAUAGAAAACCAAACCCCCCCCCCCCCCCAACUCACACCCCAACCAACCUAAAAUAGAAAUAAAAACAAGGAACUAAGGUCAGGACGUGAGAGCUAUGGUGAUGUUUUUGAGCGCUGGGACUUGGAGACUAGUCAGGAUCGAUGCAAAGUUGAACAGAGCAAAGUACAGAGAGAUCCUUGAUGAAAACCUGUUCCAGAGCGCUCAAACUCCGACUGGGGUGAAGGUUCACAUUCCAAUAGGAAAAUGACCCUAAGCACACAGCCAAGACAAUGCAUUAGUGGCUUCGGGACAAGUCUCUGAAUGUCCUUGAGUGGCCCAGCCACAGCCUGGACUUGAACCCAAUCAAACAUCUCUGGAGAGACCUGAAAAUAGCUGUGCAGUGAUGCUCCCCAUCCAACCUGACAGAGCUUGAGAGGAUCUGCAGAUAAAUUCCCCAAAUACAGGUGUGCCUAGCUUGUAGCAUCCUACCCAAGAAGACUCGAGGCUGUAAUCACUGCCAAUGGUGCUUCAACAAAGUACUGAGUAAAGGGUCUGAAUACUUAUGUAAAUGUAAUAUUCCAGUUCUUUAUUUUUUAUAAAUUUGCUAAAAAAUAUUUAAUAAGCAGUUAUUGCUUUGUCAUUUUGGUAUAUUGUUUGUAGAUUGGAGAGGGAAAAAAUGAUUUAAUCCAUUUUAGAAUAAGGCUGUAACGUAACAAAAUGUGGAAAAUAUUUUCCGAAGGCAUUGUAUAUGUCUUGUACUGUACUUGUAAUAUACAGUAUGUGUCUCAGGUGUGUCCAUGAGCGUCCAUUGCUUGUGCAUGCUUCUAUCUUGUUAAGACCUCUUAAGGAUCGGACCCUUUUUUUCAAUUUUCAUCUGAAAUGACAUACACAAAUCUAACUGCCUGUAGCUUAGGACCUGAAGCAAGGAUAUGCAUAGUCUUGAUACCAUUUGAAAGGAAACACUUUGCAGUUUGUGGAAAUGUGAAAUUAAUGUAGGAGAAUAUAACACUUCAGAAAGACCAUUAUCGGACUUAGGACUCUAGGCGUAAUUCAGAUUUUGGCCACUAGAUGGCAGAGGUGUAUGUGCAAAGUUUUAGACUGAUCCAAUGAAUCAUUGCAUUCCUGUUCAAAAUGUUAAAAUGUCUGCCCAAAUAUGCCGAAUUGGUCAAUAUAUACAUGUUAAGGUAGAUAGCUGUGUACUCUUUAAACAAUAGCAUGGCAUGUUUUCACUGUAAUAGCUACUGUAAAUUGGACAGUGCAAUUAAAUUAACACAAAUUUAAGCUUUCUGCCCAUAUGUCUGGGAAAUUUUCUUGUUACUUACAAAGUCAUGCUAAUCACAUUAGCGCACAUUAGCUCAACCGUCCCGAGGGUGGGACACCGACCUGUAGAGAUCUUUAUUAACCCGCUUAAGACACUCCUCCUUCUUUCCAAUCCUUACAUUGUAUGGCUCUACAAGAAGCUAAUAAAGAGGGUAACAGGAUACCAAACAUUUAUUACUCUCUUAAGAGAAUCUGUCCUCACCUCCUGGCCUCAACCCCUAUUUCAUCUAAUACACAGGUGUCCAUCUGUCUUUCCUGUAUCAACACGUCACUCUCCUCUCCUCCAUUAAACAUAUUCCAAAGCCUUCUGGCUUCCCACAGAGAACCCUUAACUUUCUCCUUUGAUUCUAUGCUUCUUCUCUAUCAUUUAUUUAAUAUCUCAAUGUUGAAAUUGUCAAACCCAACAACAUCAAUGCCCAGACAACCACCACUACAAACACAACAACAACAUAUUGGUAGACAUUCCAGUGUAUUUCCAUUUAAAACAGAAAUAGAGAAAUAAUAUGAUGUGCCCCGUCCUGUUAUCUGUCUGGUGUGUCUUAUUGGGCUUUCCGCUGGAGUGUGGGCAGUACUACAUUUACAUUUAAGUCAUUUAGCAGACGCUCUUAUCCAGAGCGACUUACAAAUUGGUGAAUUCACCUUCUGACAUCAGUGGAACAGCCACUUUACAAUAGUGCAUCUAAAUCAUACUACAGCAGUAUAACGUCAAUGAGCUGCCCUCAAUAACAUCACCAGUGGGACUGAGGGACACUGCAAUUAGACAAGAGAUGUGUACGCAAUUUUUUUAACCAAGCAAGUCAGUUAAGAACAAAUUGUUAUUUAAAAGGAUGGCCUACGCCAACUGUGCGACAUACAAUCACAGCCUGAUGUGAUACAGCCUGGAUUUGAACCAGAGACUGUAGUGACACCUUUUGCACUGAGAUGCAGCGCCUUAGACCACUACGCCACUCAGAAGCCUAGUACAAAUUAUACACAGGUUCUUCAAGUUUGGGUUGAGUGGCAAAAUAAAGAAGUCAACAACACGUUGCAAGUUCAAAAAAUGAUAUUCCCCUUCAUUAGUGAAUACAAACUGGAUUACUGAGACCCUCUCAGCCUGGUCAAAAAGGAGGUCAUAACAGUACAUAAUUAAUAAAACCAACAAACUAAACAACCAAAAAUACAGGUUCUGGUGCAGUCGAGGAGAGAUCAAACAAAAUAUUAAUUCAACUGCAAUUCAAGAUAAAUAAACAAGAUUCUCUCAAACUUAGUCAAAUAGUUGCAAACUAAACCAGUCACAUGGCCACUUCCCUUUUACAAGCACCUUUCCCAGGCGGCUGCACCUCAAACAAAAAAAGCUGUCGUCCAAUGAAAUUUCAGGAUCAAUCAUUCAGUUAAUAAAUAUCUGGAUGGGACAAAU